CUAUAUCGAAGAAGUUGUCCUCACUUCCGGUUGUGGAAGGUCGCCGCACAAAAAUGUCUGAAUCAGCUGUAAAACUCGUCACCAAUGCGGAACAGCAUGCAAGAGGGGGGCCUAGGGUUAUAUUGCCAAAAGUGAACUGGCCCUAUUAUGGUGAUGUGUAUAACCCGAAGAUUCAUGGGACUUAUGACCCUUCAAUCAAGUAUGGUCCCGCGAAGCCAAGCAUUUGGACAUGGAAGAUCAAGGACAUCCCCAGCCAACUGAAGAAUGCGGACAAAACAAGCCCAAAUGUAAUGAACACAAUGAGCAGAUGGUAUUACAGAGUUACCAAAACACACUUGAGAUGUACUAGGACACCAAUCCGUCCCUAUAUCAUGGCGGUUGCAGUUGUUACAGCUAUCCAGUUCGGCUUGAAAUUGGGAGUUAACAACAAAGUCCAGCCAUGGAAGUACCACUGGUAACAUCGAAGUGCUGUCUAUCAUAGGAUCAGCAAGCUUGAACUACUGUGUGAUUAGUUUGGACCAUUUUUGUGGAAUAAAGGGGAAACUUAGAAGAACUAUGUAUUUUGUACACAUUAUGCUGUUUGAGUUGUAUUUGACCUCAGAAUAAAGUUUCAAACGUG